AUGAGCUGCAGCGAGGAGAGCAAUAUUAUAAAAUCAGAGAGCGAAGAGGAGGAAGAUUACGAAUCGUUCUUUUUGCAACCGGCGUCUUCGCCCUACGAUCUGAAGGAGAAACUGGAGGCGGCAAAUAAGGCGCUCCUCGAGGAUGAUUCGACUUUGUCGAUUAGGGAGCAGAGGGUGCAGUUCCACGAAAACCUUGUGGACUACGAGCCGGAUCUGACCGAUGAUGAUGUGCAGAGCAUAGAGAGUUACAACGAGAGUCCGGAUCAGACGCCGGUAGAAGAGUUGCAAUACAUAUUGAGCAGCAGUCGUAUCUACGAUAUCCAGGAGGAGGAGGAGGAGUUGGAAGAGAUUGAUGAAAUUGUUGAGGAUGAAAUCAGGGAGGAGAUCGUUAACGAUGAGAUUGACGAGACGUUGGAAACUGAGGAUGGGGUGGAACUGGAGCAGCAGGAGGAGGUGGAGGAAAAACUUAACGUCGUUAAUGGAAACCGGCGGAGCAAAAAGUGCCGGCGGCGCUCCGCUAAUUACCGCAUCGAUUGCAAAAACCACUGCAUCGAGGGCUUCGAGCCGCAGCCGGCGGCUUCUGCUAUAGACGAGGGACGACCGCCAUGUCCGCCGCUAAAGCUGCGCACGAGGAAGUGCUGCGAGAGAACGGAAAACGUUGCCAGGAAGUUACCCAUGUACACGGGUUGCAGGUCCGAGUACGGGUUGAGCUACAGGCAAUUGGAGAGGCGCGAGAGGCGAAGGGAGGCUGUUAGACUGAGGGAGCAGAAGAGUAGAGAAGUGCAGCGGGAGUUUGCGGAGAGGCGACGGGAUCAGAACGAGCAGAUCUUCAGGCAGUGGCUGCGGGAGGUGUCCGUACGAGAUGCAGGAGUUGGUGUUUCAACGAGGAAGCCGAGCAGACCGCAAACUGCUCAUUGCCCGCAGAAUAAUAGAGUCAAAGUAAAGAGGAGAUCACGACCGCACACCUCGCAUCCCACCUGCGUCUACAUCAAGGUGCCAGAGGAGGCGCUGCGCGACGGUCUGCAGGUUGGCUCCGUCGUCGUUGCUAGGAAGGUUCUGUCCUCAAAGCAAUUGCAGAUUUACGCGCUCCAAUGA